UGCCGUAGCCCCAGGACCUGUGAGGGCAUGUGAGUGGCGGUGGGGCUGAGAUUUGCUCUGGGGGGUUCUGAGUGUGCCAGCACAGGGUGUUCUGCGAGUCUCCCUCCCCUCCCUUCCCAGUUCCUCCGCCCGCUCGCUCCCACAGACUCUGGGAACCCUGAGGUGGAAGAGAGCUCUUACCCAGGGGAAGAGGAGCCAUCAGAUCGCCCCAGCUGCCUACACUUUGUUCUCAGCUUCCCUUCCUCAUCCCUCCAGCCCCUCCCAGGGUCUGAAGCACCAGCCCCAUCUGAAACACCCCUCCCACUUUGAAGGAGGCUGGGCUGGCCAGGGGGUUAUUUUGGGAGCAGCUUCUGAGAUCCAAUGGCCUUGUUAGGGCAACACUGACCUUUCUGUCCCGGGAGGAGGGCAGGAUUGGACAGGGGCGGGGCAGCCUCGAGGAGAUCGACAGCCCCGCACACCCCACACCCACGGGUGGAGGAGAAGGGGCCAGCGGGCUGCAGGAAUUCAGCCUGGGGGCUGGGACGGUCACCGAGGGGAAUUUCCCUCUUUGAGACGGACUGGGGACCCCGCCACCCCACCCUUUCGCUGUGCUUCUUAAAGGGAUCACAGCGUUUUUCCUUUGACUCCAUGGAAGCCAGACUCGGGAUGCUCUGUGGAGGCUCUGAAUCUCUCCUUCCUGCUUCCUUCCCAACUGGCAGCCUUCCUCUGGCUGACUGAGAGGGGCCCCCCAGGCAUGGCACUGACCAGCCCACCCAGUGCUGACUUGGCUCCUGGGCUCACUCAGCCUCUGGUGGCACCUUGCUUGCCCCCUGCUGGGGUGCGGCAGUGGUGAGUGGGGGCACCCCCAUCGCCCUCGACCCCCAAGCUGGAGGGCAGUCAGGUUGUCGGGGGCUAUGAUGAGAUGAGUGGGGGCCGCUUUGACUUUGACGACGGCGGGGCGUACUGUGGAGGCUGGGAGAAUGGAAAGGCCCACGGGCACGGGCUGUGCACAGGCCCCAAGGGCCAGGGCGAGUACGCGGGCUCCUGGAACUUUGGCUUUGAAGUGGCGGGCGUCUACACCUGGCCCAGCGGCAACACCUUCGAGGGAUACUGGAGCCAGGGCAAACGGCAUGGGCUGGGCAUAGAGACCAAGGGACGCUGGCUCUACAAGGGCGAGUGGACACACGGCUUCAAGGGACGCUAUGGAACCCGGCAGAGCAGCAGCAGCGGAGCCAAGUACGAGGGCACUUGGAACAACGGCCUGCAGGACGGCUACGGCACCGAGACCUAUGCAGACGGAGGGACUUACCAAGGCCAGUUCACCAACGGCAUGCGCCACGGCUACGGUGUGCGCCAGAGCGUGCCUUACGGGAUGGCCGUGGUGGUGCGCUCGCCGCUGCGCACGUCGCUGUCGUCCCUGCGCAGCGAGCACAGCAACGGCACGGUGGCCCCGGACUCGCCCGCCUCGCCGGCCUCGGACGGCCCGCCGCUGCCCUCGCCCGCCAUCCCGCGCGGCGGCUUCGCGCUCAGCCUGCUGGCCAACGCCGAGGCGGCCGCGCGGGCGCCCAAGGGCGGCCUGUUCCAGCGCGGCGCGCUGCUGGGCAAGCUGCGGCGGGCCGAGUCGCGCGCGUCCCUGGGCAGCCAGCGCAGCCGCGUCAGCUUCCUCAAGAGCGACCUCAGCUCCGGCGCCAGCGACGCCGCCUCCACCGCCAGCCUGGGCGAGGGCGUGGAGGUCGCCGACGAGGCCGCGCCCUUCGAGGCCGACAUCGACGCCACCACCACCGAGACCUACAUGGGCGAGUGGAAGAACGACAAGCGCUCGGGCUUCGGCGUCAGCGAGCGCUCCAGCGGCCUCCGCUACGAGGGCGAGUGGCUGGACAACCUGCGCCACGGCUACGGCUGCACCACGCUGCCCGACGGCCACCGCGAGGAGGGCAAGUACCGCCACAACGUGCUGGUCAAAGGCACCAAGCGCCGCGUGCUGCCGCUCAAGAGCAACAAGGUUCGCCAGAAGGUGGAGCACAGCAUGGAGGGCGCCCAGCGCGCUGCCGCCAUCGCGCGCCAGAAGGCCGAGAUCGCCGCCUCCAGGACAAGCCAUGCCAAGGCCAAAGCUGAGGCUGCAGAACAGGCCGCCCUGGCUGCCAACCAAGAGUGCAACGUUGCCCGCAGUUUGGCCAGGGAGCUGGCUCCAGACUUCUACCAGCCAGGCCCGGAAUACCAGAAGCGCCGGCUGCUGCAGGAGAUCCUGGAGAACUCGGAGAGCCUGCUGGAGCCCCCCGGCCGGGGCGCCGGCGCCGCGGGCCUCCCGGGGCGGCCCCGCGAGAGCCCGCAGCUGCACGAGCGCGAGACGCCCCGGCCCGAGGGCGGCCCCCCGUCGCCGGCCGGGACGCCCCCGCAGCCCAAGCGGCCCCGCCCGGGGGCGGCCAAGGACGGCCUGCUGAGCCCCGGCGCCUGGAACGGCGAGUCGGGCACCGAGGGCAGCCGGCCCGCCACGCCGUCCGGGGGCCGCCUCAGCCCCGCGCGCCCCGCCACCGAGCACAUGGCCAUCGAGGCGCUGCAGGUGCCGCCCGCGCCGUCGCGGGAGCCGGAGGUGGCGCUCUACCAGGGCUACCACAGCUACGCCGUGCGCACCGGGCCCUCCGCGCCGCCGCCCUGCGAGGAGGAGCCGGCGUCCGAGGUCUCCGGGUCCGACUCCGCGCCCCCGUCCCCGGUCGCCGCCCCGGUGCAGGCCCCCGCGCUCCGGGCCCCGGAGCCCCCGCCGGAGACGCCCGCCAAGCUGGAGCCCAAGCCCAUCGUCCCCAAAGCCGAGCCCAAGGCCAAGGCCCGCAAGACUGAGGCCCGAGGGCUGACCAAGGCUGCGGCCAAGAAGAAGUCUCGGAAGGAGGCGGCGGGGGCCGAGGUGGAAGUGGAGGAGGUCCCCAACACCGUCCUCAUCUGCAUGGUGAUCCUGCUUAACAUCGGCCUGGCUAUCCUCUUCGUUCACCUCCUGACCUGAUCCUCGUCUGCCAGAGCCAGGAGUUCCUGCUGAGGACACAAAGACCCACCUUUCUGCAGUGCUGGGCAGGGUGGCCAAGGAGGACUGGACUCUGGACCCGGAGCCCUGGGUCCCAGCUCACACCCACGCUGCAAACAUUUAAGGAGGCCUCCCAUGGUGCCCGUGCUGGGUGAUGGAGGUGCCCAGAGGGAUAGAAUGUGCCGGAAACCCUCCUAGAGCUUUGCCCAGGGGCAGGGAAAGCCCUGAUUGCUCCUGUCCCUCAUCCUCAUCCACUCCCUCACCUUGUCCGUAGGUCACCCCCUCCCUGGGCUUUGUGUGUUUUGGGAGAAGUCACCAAACCAGAGUAUUAAUAUGAAAUCCCAGUCCCUUUCUUGUUCCUCCUCUCCUGCUUUAACUUAACCUCUGGCUGCUGGGCUGACAGCUCCCUGGGUGGGCCAGCCGUGAGGGAGACGCUCUCAGAUGGUCUUGACCCAGCACACACUCUGUCCCCUGCUUACAGGUGUUCUGGAUGACAGUAGAGGAAAUGGACAUGCUCGGUUUGAAUAUCCCCGAAUGCAGUGCUCCUGUCUCCUCCCACCUGUCCAGCUAGCUUCCCUUCCGGACCAACGGAAGAGGAGGAGACGGGAGGCUCUGGAGCCUUUGGCUAGGAAGCUACUGACCAGGUGGCCAGGGAGUGGGGCUGGGGAGUUAGGAUGGCCCCUGUGUUUGGGUGUGUCUGAGCCUGAGGCUGGCAUUGAACUUAGAGUUUCAAGUGUGCUCAGGUGCGGAGGUCACCGUGCCGGAGCCUGGGCUGGCGAGAUAAAGCUGCCGUGAUGCCCGGUGAGUUGGUUUGCCGCUUCCCCCCCCAGGGCCCGCAGCAGGCUCAGGGGACAUUGCACAUGGAAGCUCUUGGAAGCCCAGACUCCCCUGGGCCAGACGUUCAGGCAGGUGCUGAAGACCGGCUGCUUGUCCGCAAGCGUUUCCCAGGGAGAGGACCGGGUCCAAGGCUCCCACCCGGUGCGUCUGUGUGAUGAGGAGCCCCCGGCUUGCGUGGCAGAGAGGUUUGCAUGCAGCUCAUCACUGAUGUUUGGCACCACCUGGGUCUCGGCCUGUGCUGGCUGCGGUGGGUAGAAGCUGAGGGCUGGCAGAAGCUGCCCCUGGGUGGAUGGAGUGAACGUUCCUGGCCCCCAGGCGGGAAGGAUGGGACAGUGACGUCCAGGCAGAGCUGACCGGCUGCUGCUCUCCUUCCCUCUGUUCCUGUGGGCCCGGGGGCCGUGGAGUCGUGGCCUGGCCUCCCCACGCCAGCUCUGCGGCCUGAAGUGCCUUCUGAUGGGUGUGCUUUCCCUUCCCCCUCAAUACUUGGGACCUCUGUCCAGCUUCACACUUGCCGUUCAGCCCUGCGGGGGCCUCGCCGUGUGGCUGGGUCAUGGACCGCAUUUCUGCGGAGAGAAGCCUGCGGAUUCGCCAUCCUCCACUGGCCAGGGCCCGUGGCUCUGCCUCUGUGUUUGGGCUUUUCUGGACUCCUAGGGAAUGAGGGGCAGGUUGGGCACUGCUGAGGGCUGCCAGGCUCCAGGCCUGGGCUCUGGGUCGUCCAGGUUUCUUGGUGUGGCCCAGGCUGUCAGCUUCCAGGCCUGGUUUCGGGGCUGGUGUUUGGGGCAAGGGUUCAGGAUGCUGCAAUCUGUGCGAUAAUAAAUCUGCAUCUGCUCACAGGC